UCCGCCACGCCAGGCUACCCUCUGUCACCCCCGCGGGGCGACCCCCUCCCCCGCCUGCCUGCCCCUAGCGGCUCGCGCUCCUUCCCCCCGGCCGCCUAGGAACGGGACUCUAAAAUGGCGGCGGCCGCCACCGCCGGCGGGCAGGCAGUAGAAAAACAGCUGAAGAUCUGUGGCUUUAAGAGGAAUGUGGAUGUCUUAGUAUUGUAUCUGGCUGGACAAGGACUAAGAAGUGUCCCAAGUCUUUCACGGUUUCAUAGGUUAAGGUAUUUGUGGAUUAACAACAAUAAGAUCCAAGAUUUAACUUUCUUGAUCAAAAACUAUUGCUUGACUGAACUCUAUCUCAACAAUAAUGAACUGACAGAUAUAUCAGGUGCUCUGAAACACCUAUGUGCAUUACAGAUUCUGUUGCUUCACAACAACCAGUUAAAAAAACUUGGCAAAACAGUGAAGGAAUUGAAAGGAAUUAUAAGCUUGCAGACCCUAAACCUAUUCCAUAACCCUCUGGCACAAGACCCAGACUACCGGCUUUAUGUGAUAUACUUCCUUCCUUCAGUACAGCUCCUUGACAGGAAGUCAGUCACACAAAGAGAAAGGGAGUCAGCGCUUCAUCUUUAUAACCGUGAAAGGUCUUGUGCCGUGCAGUCAAUAGCUUUUGGAAGGAGAGUAAAUACACCCCUGGGAGCUACAGUGGGAUCUAGCAGGUGCAGUCAACCAGCCAGAAGACUGAUGAUGCCCUCAGGUUGUGAAUUUGGAAAUCACACAAAUAAAGUACCAUUUGAGAACCCCGAAGAUGCCGUUUUACUACGGGCAAUGACAAGAUCUCUAAUGGAAUUUUCUUCUGUUGACUGGAACAAAGUAGCCACCUGUCAAGAAAGACGGCUUGAAAACAAAGCAGAAGCAGCCCAUGAGAAGCUGACAGUCCAAUUUAGAUGAGUGCUUUCUUCCUUAAGAAAAAAGUUAUUCCUCUCUCUAGUGUGGAGAUAAGCCCCUUAAGUAAGUUAAUACCUCUAUAAAACAAGUACACUAAAACAUGCAUCCAAUUAAAUGAACUUCCAGCAAAAAUGUAUUAGUGUACCAUCCCUUUUAUCAUCAGAUGUGUAAUAUGGAGAGUGAAGAAAUUAAGAAAACAAAUGGUAUAUAGUGGCAAUGUUACAAUAUAAGUUGCUUGAAAAGCAAUUCUUACCAUACUUUUCUUAUCAGAAUUUAUUAAAGCUAAACUGCAAGUUAA